AUGUGGUCCUUCCUUCGCUCCAUAUGGCUCAACACUCUUGCAACGUCAACAGUCGCCGCACAGCUCAGUUUCGUGGCGAGCGUGCAGCAAGAAGGACGAGAUGUAGACGCCUCCGGCCUCAAUUUUUUGCCGAUACCGCCACUGGAACACCUCAAGCAUGCUUCCGACCAUGAGAAAUUGAGAAGGGAUCCCAUCAGCUACAGUUCCAACUGGUGCGGGGCAUCGCAGCGCGCGACGCGGCAGGACGGUAUCAGCAGCGUCGUUGGGUACUUCACGGUGCCGGACUUGACCUUGCGGCCCGGGCAGCCUGCACCACAAGCCGCUGCUGCGUGGGUGGGUAUUGACGGGGCAGAGUGCAAUUCCACGCUGUUACAAGCUGGAGUGACAACCAUUGUCAACUCCAACGGGGGCCAGAGCGCCUCGGCCUGGUGGGAAUGGUAUCCGGAGACUGCGUUCAACAUCGAGGGUCUCAGGGUCAGGCCAGGCGACUGGAUGUCAGUCAACAUAACGACGAGGGAUGCGUCGAGCGGGACGGUGGUCAUCACCAACGUGCAACGAGGGUACUCGGUGACGCUCCAGAUCAACAACGGGCCGAAGCUGUGUCGAUUGGAUGCCGAGUGGAUUCUCGAGGCUUUCUAUGACUCGGGCCAGCAGGUUCCAUUUGCGCGAUUCUCGGAUCUGUGGUUUGUGGAAUCGGGGGCGACGACGGUCGCGGGCAAGAACAUUGGCAUUGAUGGGGCAACCAUGGUGCAUAUCCAGGCCGAUGACGGGAAAAUACUCUGCUCGGCCGAGCCGUACGACAGCGCCAAUCUCGUCAUGGUGUCGCAGGGUUGA